CUAACAAAAUUGGGAGAAUUCAAUGUUCAUGCCCCCCGGAUGCAGGCUCCCCAAGCGGAGUUGGAGCAUGGAGCAUCCAUUAUUAUUGGAGCAGCCUGAGUGUAAUUAGGACCUGAAGUGCCGAGGAUUGCGGAAAGAGGAUACUAAAUUAGUUCUUACCUUGGCAGUGGACAUCAUCUUUGGUGGACAUGGUGAACCUUGCAGAGAAAGCACCUCACAAUCUACCCACCUAUCCUGAGCGACUGCCACUUGCCCUAUAAAUGGGAGAAUCUGCAGUUCUCAUGUUGACUUUGUUAGCCAUUUCAGAACCCACAAACCUUAGUCUCUUUGAUCCCAACAUACCAUCCAAGAAGAAAUUAGCAUUUUCAAUUAUUUUAGAAUUCUUCCUUCAUAAGUGCUUACUAUUAUUUUCUAACAAUUUCUAGUGCAUUUCUGGGAUUUUUCUUGAAUUUUGUACAGCUUUGAGAAUUUGCAGCAGCAACCCUGAACUUGUCAAAAUCGUCUUUGAUGCCAAGCAGUCCACAACGUGCUGAUUAUUUCUUUUAUAUAUUACUUUUGCUUAAAAAGAUGAUAAGUGAUUCAGAAGAGAUUGCUGGGAUCUACCGAGAGCUCAGCAAAUUCCCAUCGCCGCUAAAAGCCUACAUCAGACCACAGAUUACAUUGAAACCUAAAGAAAAAUUCAGCAUCAUUGACACAGAAUGGUCUCAGAGGGAUUUGGAGAGAGCCGAGAGUGUGAAGAUAUUUCGAGAGUACCUUGUAUUCCAUGAUAAAAAUUCAAUUUUGUGCACUGGCCCCUCAGGAAACUGCACAGAAUUGCAGGGCGAAUUGCUGAGUAGAGAUUCACCCUCUGCUACUUUAAAGGCUGUCAUCAGGGAGCGUACCAACAAAAAGCAGGAAAAGCAGCAAUAUCUGGAGAUAUGGAGCAAAACCGCCAAGGAGAAAAGCAUAAACCUAACAGCACUUGACAAGCAUGGCAAAGUGUAUGAAGAUGAUCUGUUUGGCUGCCUUGAAUGGUCUUACUCUGAGACCUGCAUACUGUACGUCGCUGAAAAGAAAAGACCCAAAGCUGAAUCCUUCUUCCAGUCUAAACCAGAGCACAGUGUAAAUGGGGACGAAGAUGACAACAGAGCAAAAGAUGGCCAGAAACCUGAGAAAGGUUGUCAGUUUGUAUAUUGGGAGGACUGGGGGGAAGCCCUGACAAACAAAAGUACUCCAGUCCUCUGUGUCCUAAACAUUUGGAGUGGAAAUGUCUCUGUACUGCAUGGGAUACCUGAGCAUAUUUCUCCUGGGGAGGCAAUCUGGGCUCCUGAGGAUGCUGGAAUUAUAUUUGUUGGCCGGUGGCAUGUGCCUUGGCGACUGGGUCUCAAAUACUGCACCAACCGGAAAUCGGCUCUCUACUGUGUGGACUUAACAGGAAAUGAAUACUUGGAGAUCUCUUCAGGAAUAAAUUCUGUACAUAGUCCACGGCUCAGUCCUGACCAACAUCAUCUUAUCUUCUUGGAGGGUGGCAGCGUUAAGACUCACCAUCAGUGUUAUGGCCUAUCCUUGUAUAACUUGGAUAAAAAAGUCACAUCAACUGUGGUGAGGAUUUUAGAUUAUCCAGCAACAGAUGGAUUUACUGGCAUUUACUCUUCAGCUCUGGCACGGAAAUGUUGGGCAACAGAUAGCCAGCGAAUUCUCAUUGAUACGACUCAGCGAAGCAGGAAGGAUCUAUUUGUAGUGAACAUUGCAACAGGAACUGUAACAUCUCUCACCGCUGGUCCAGACACUGCGAGUUGGACAUUAUUGGACGUUUGCCAGGACCUGAUUGUGGUUAGCUGCUCCUCCCCUAAUUGUCCACCUAAUUUGAAAGUGGGUUUCCUGCCAGCUGCAGGGCACGAACAAGAAAUGAUCUGGAUGGCUCUCGGUGAAGAUAAACCAUUGCAUGGCAUAAAGUGGAAAAUCCUGACGUUUACACCUCAUUUUGAGCAUGAAAAUCCAAAAUUCAAUGGUCUUCAAUUUGAAGGUAUUUUACUUUUACCUGGGCAGGAACAAAAUGCCAAACCUCCACUUGUUGUAAGUCCACAUGGAGGACCCAAUUCUGUCUUUGUUACUUGUUGGAUGUUAAUGCCCGCUGUCUUUUGCAGGUUGGGAUACUCGGUUUUGCUUGUGAAUUACCGAGGAUCCUGUGGCUUUGGGCAAGACAGUAUUCGCUCACUGCUGGGUAACAUAGGAAGCCAAGAUGUGAAAGAUGUGCAGUUUGCUGUCGAAUGUGUGUUGAAGGAAGGAGUUGUGGAUUCUGAGAACGUUUUGCUGAUUGGUGGCUCACAUGGAGGCUUUAUUGGUUGUCAUCUAAUUGGCCAGUACCCUGGUUUCUACAAAGCUUUUGCCACAAGGAAUCCUGUCAUUAACCUGGCUUCUAAGCUGGGUACAACCGAUAUUCCUGAUCAUACCAUGGUGCAAGCUGGUUUUGAUUAUGCCCCAGACCAGUUGCCCACUCCCCCUAUGUUGGCAACACUGUUGAGCAAAUCUCCUAUCACCUAUAUUUCUCAGGCAACAACUCCAGUUUUGAUAAUGUUGGGUGAAAAAGACAAACGGGUUCACCCAUCGCAAGGUCUUGAACUCCAUCGUGCACUGAAAGCCCGAGGAAUUCCUGUACGGUUAUUGUGGUACCCUGAUGAUAACCACUCGCUCUCUAAUGUUGACACAGAAGCUGAUGUGUUCAUGAAUAUUGCCGUGUGGUUUAACUUUGCACUGAACAGAACACAAUAAAUUGAGACAAUCUAACAUAGUAAAGCCAAUCCAACUCCAGUCCAAUCUAGCUGUAGUUCAAAUUAGCUAAACUGCAGCUAGCAUUAAUCAUUGAUCUGAGAGCAUCUGAGGUGCCUUUUUCCUUGGCUUUAUUCAAGAGCUGUACAUUGAUCUUUCACAUUCGAGUAUCAUUGCCUCAAUAUUAUCUUUCCUGUAAACUAACAAUGUAUUAAUAUCCCACACAGAGAUUUAAGUAGAUCAUCUGAGAUGACAACUCUGAGUGAACCAGAGGGAAUUUUAUUAGAGACUGCAUGUUCUAUUUUGGUGUUAUAAUUCUUUAAUAUUCAAUAUUCUUUAUCAUUGGCGUCUCCCUACCCUCGGUACAAGAACUGUUCCAGAGCCGCUGUCUGAAAAAAGCUCAGAGAAUUGCUAAGGACAAACUGCACCCCCUCCACAUACACCUGGAUCUCCUGCCAUCAGGCAAGAGAUAUCGAAGCAUCAAAGCCCCGACUACAAGACUGCUAAACAGCUUCCUACCACAGGCUGUGAGGCUGCUAAACAGUCACUCUGUACUCACAGUCACUUGAUUCUGCGGCUGGCACGGACACUUUAAUAACUGGCACUGGCCACUCAAAUCAGCUGCCCCGGACAUUUUUAUGAUUGGUUUAUUGUAUUUUAACAUUGUGUUUUACCUGCUUUUAACUAUUUAUACUGUUCCAUCAGGGACUGGAUUGUUUUUAGUGUUAUUAUGAGUGAAAUGUUUUAAAUUUCAUGUGCGAUGCUCCGCUAUUCACUGGGAAACGUCUUUUCAUUUUGCACUGUACAACUGUUGCUUGCAAGAUGACAAUAAAGGUUGAUUGAUUGAUUGAUAUGUAGAUCUUGCUAAAUUUAGUUAGUCCAUCUUUAAUUUGCCUUAAUGGGGGCAAUUAAAGAGAAGCACAAUGUUACAGCUGGUAGAGCUGCUAUCUAUAUCCCAAAAUUGACCACCUCUUCUCCCAAUUAUUCUUUGUUUCCCCAAUACAAUCCAUCCUGGGUUAAGGCAGGGGUACCAUACUUCAGAACCAACUUAUUUUUUAACAAAGUUUGGGCUAAUGAUAAAAUAGCUGCAGAAGUGGUUUUAUUGCUAUUGGCUUUUCAAUAAGGCACUGCUGCUACUCGGGCGGCAUGUCUUUCAUUAUUACGAUGUGCAAAAUGUACAUCAAUGUGCUCAUCUGAAUGUUUUCUUCCUGGGUUCGAUGUGGCAAAAUUCUAGCUGGUGCCAAGAAGCUGCCAGAAAAUCCAUCCUGUCAAUCUCCUAAACACUCGUAAUAAUGUGCAGUACAGAAGUCAAGUCAAGUUUAUUCGUCACAUACACAUACGAGAUGUGCAGUGAAAUGAAAGUGGCAAUGCUCGCGGACUUUGUGCAAAAAGACAAACAAACAACCAAACAAACUAUAAACACAAUCAUAAACACAUACAUAUUCUUUCACAUAUUAAAUAUUGGAAGAAAAAACGUUCAGUAAAGUUAGUCCCUGGUGGGAUGGGAGUUUACAGUCCGAAUGGCCUCUAGGAAGAAACUCCUUCUCAACCUCUCCGUUCUCACUGCAUGGCAACGGAGGUGUUUGCCUGACCGUAGCAACUGGAACAGUCCGUUGCAUGGGUGGAAGGGGUCUCUCAUGAUUUUAUUUGCUCUGGAGUUGCAUCUCCUGUUGUAUAGUUCCUGCAGGGGGGCGAGUGAAGUUCCCAUAGUGCGUUCGGCCGAACGCACUACUCUCUGCAGAGCCUUCUUGUCCUGGGCAGAGCAAUUCCCAAACCAGAUGGUAAUAUUUCCGGACAAGAUGCUUUCCACAGCCGCUGAGUAGAAGCACUCGAGGAUCCUCGGAGACACUCUGAAUUUCCUCAAUUGCCUGAGGUGGUAAAGGCGCUGCCUUGCCUUACUCACGAGUGUUGCAGCGUGUGAUGCCCAUGUCAUAUCCUCAGAGAUGUGGACUCCCAGAUAUUUAAAACAGCUUACCCUAUCCACAGUAUCCCCAUUUAUCCUCAAUAGAGUGUACGUCCUCGGAUGAUGUGCCCUCCUAAAGUCCACGAUCAGCUCCAUAGUUUUUUUGAUGUUCAAGAGGAGGCUGUUGUCCUGGCACCAGAGUGCUAGAUCAGCCACCUCCUCCCGGUAGGCCUUCUCAUCGUUGUCUGAGAUCAGGCCCACCACCACAGUGUCAUCAGCAAACUUGAUUAUUGAGUUGGAGCUGAACCUAGCCACACAGUCAUGUGUGUACAGGGAGUACAAUAGGGGGCUGAGGACCCCUAUUGGGCGUUCUUAAACUGGGGACAUCCUGUGCUGAUGCCUGGAGGACAUUAAUGUAUGAAUGAUGGUAAAAUCAAACUUUAUUUCUUUGCAUAUUCUUUAUUUUUUAAAUAUGAUCAUGGCUAUUAUGAGUCUGGUUCACCAAAGAUUCAG